AGGUAGAGGCGGCGGGCGGGAGGAGCGUCGGGGCCCAGUGCGGUGGCUGUGGCGGGCUGCGGCGCGGCGCGGGAGUUCCCGAUCUGAGCGACGGAUCGUGAUCGAGCAGUGCAUGUGUUAUCUUAUCGGCGUCACAGCGUGUUACAAACCUAAAUUGGCGGGCUGUGAUUGGCUGGCCGUGACUCGAUGUGGCGAGGCGUCUGUCGAAGCCGGGCCGCGCCUCGAGCGUGUGCCGCCCGUGUCUGCGAUAAGCUGCUCCGGCUCGGGGCAGAGGUGGACGUUCGUAUCAUCGUCCGUCCCCUGCUUUCCUCCUCCUCCCAUUCCGGUCUAUGGCUCCCAAGCAGCCCUGCGCAACAUACGAGUACAUCGUCACCCCCGCUGGCCCCAAGAUCGUCCCCGUCGCCGAUGCACAUUCCAAGGACGAGGAGUCUCCCGCGGACUACAACGCUGGCGGAUACUCCCGGUUAAGCCGAUAUAUCGUGUUGAGGAAGCUUGGAUGGGGACAUUUCUCGACGGUCUGGCUCGUGAAGGACACAGUUGCCAAACGCCACUCUGCUCUCAAGGUAGUCAAAUCUGCGGGGCGCUACGCUGAGACAGCCCGCGACGAAAUUAAGCUUCUCAACCAAGUGCGGGACGAGACUCCCGACCAUCCUGGGCGGGAAUUUGUAGUCUCGUUUUUUGAUUCGUUUCAACAACCUGGUCCCGAGGGCGUGCAUGUAUGCAUCGUCUUCGAACCACUGGGCGAGAACCUACUUGCGCUCAUCGAACGCCACAAGAAGACUGGCGUGUCACCUGCGCUUGUGAAAGUCAUCGCGAAGCAGAUAUUACUAGGCUUGGAGUACCUGCACGAUGAAUGUGACCUCGUGCAUACCGAUAUCAAGCCAGAGAACAUCAUGAUUUCCAUUCCGGACGUCGAAGCGCAUAUCCAAGCGGAGUUAUCGACCUCACCUUCGCCAACAUCCCGCAAGGUGGGCGUGCCAACGAAGCAGCUCAACCGGACUGGCGUCACAAUCCCACGGCAAGCGGGGCGCGACCGUCAUGUGCAGAUAUUCGACUCGCAGCCGCUCAUGAGCCCCACGUCGGCUAGCUCGAGUCGAAGCUUACCGAAGGGUCUGCAGAAGCUGUCGAGAUUGGCCAGCAUGCAGAGUGUCCAAAGCUUGCUGGACAAGAAGGGUAAGGGCAAGCAGGACUCAGGCGAGUCGACGCUGUCGACGCCAGAGUUGUCGGACGGCUCGACUGGGAGCGCGGACUCCAUUCCGCUGCCGUCGACGCUGUCGACAUCAUUUGGCCAUGACCCAUUACCACCGAUUGUGAGCGUGGUCACGAGCGAGGUCAACAGGCUGUCGAUCGUGACACGUUCGUAUAAUGGCUGCCUAUUCGCGGAUGUGUGUCAGGACUCGCCUGUAGAGCAGAAGGUCGAGCCAGUGGUGCCAAACACGCAGCCGCAGUCGAUCAAACUUUCGACAGGACCGUCACUCCUGUCCCAGACCGCCCCUCAUAACCUCACCAUCAACACCCGUCCCGCGUCACCGCCUCGCCCCUCCUCUCCUACUCAUGAACCGUCCUCGCCACAUGCCUCCUCCUCCCACUCAAGUCACGGCCCGCCCUCACCGCCACCACCUUCACCUCUUCCUCCUCCAAUAUCCAUCAAGAUCGCCGAUCUAGGCAAUGCGACACCUAGCCACAGACAUUAUACGGAAGACAUCCAAACUCGCCAGUACCGCUCGCCAGAGGUGAUAUUGGGACGCACCGACUGGAACCACACGGCCGACGUCUGGAGCGCGGCAUGCGUUAUCUUCGAGUUGCUCACCGCAGAGUACCUCUUCGACCCGCAGGCACAGGGAGGCGUCUUUGGCAAAGAUGACGACCAUAUGGCGCAAAUCAUCGAGCUGCUGGGUGACUUCAGUUCGGAGGUGAAGUUCGGCGGGAGGUUCAGUCGCGAGCUUUUCGAUAGCACUGGUGAGUGUCUAUUUAAAUUCGCAGGGAGCUCUCCGGAUUUGGCUGUAUGGGCGCCGCUGCUGUGCGCCUUUUCGGCGACCGGGCCUGUUAUGCCUUGCCGCUCUCCAUUCCACGAUCCACGGUCGUGGUCUCUUGUGUGUUUCGACCGCGAGCUAACUUGCUACACGUAUGAUAGGCGCGCUGCGGUACAUCCGGAGCUUGAAGCCCUGGCCUCUCAAACGCGUCAUGAUAGAGAAGUACCUGUGGAACGACGAGGACACCGAUGCGCUCCGCGAGUUCCUCGAGCCCAUGCUUGUCGUCGACUACCGCAAACGGAAACAUGCGCGGGAUAUGAAGAACCACAAGUGGCUCGAGGUCGACGCAGCGAGCUCGGAGCUGCAGGAUUGGUGAUUGCGAUCACCGCUAGCACCGCCGCCCCGCCACACGGCGCGUUCUGUGCACGCACUUCCGCCGCGCGGACUGCGGGAUGCGUGAAACAUCCGCACCAACCACUAUCUUAGGUAUGACUGAUGGUAAAUUAUCUUGACUGUCGUGGACCGGUGCCGUCGCCGGCCCUCAUUAAUCACUCGUCGUACAAUCUCUCUUUGCUGUGCAUAACAUCGCUUUUCUCUUUGCGUUACUUUAGUUCACUUCCCUCAUGCGACUCCCCCAUGCGACACCUCGCCCCGUCCCACAUCCAUUCCAUAGACUCUAGACAUGUCUCUUGGAUUCGUUUCAUGCAGCAAUCCCGCUACUGUAGUCGCAUACCCCGUUUCGCCUCUUCCACGAUUUCUUCAGGGCUUGUGGUAGUAGGGUGCAUAGGUUAUUCGAUUAUAUUGUGCCCCUGUAAUUCUUUGUAGCUAUUACGUUCGUAGACCUCAUGCCAACUUCAUUCAUCUCGCUCUCUUCCCGAACGGUUCCGCCGACAGGACUGCAGGCAUAGUAAUG